UAGGAUUAGUUCACUAGUGUUCACAAUCAAGGGGGUUGUUCACAAAUGAACCUAACCCUAUAUAUAUACACAUACAGAAUUACAGAGAGAAAAAAUUUCAACGUUUUCUAUAUAAACUUCUUAUUUGGAUUGGAUUAAAAAGUAUAUUUUUUCAAAUACUUCAAAGAUUUUGACCAAUUUUGAUUGUGUUUGACCGACCACUGAUUUUUGGUCUGACUAGGUGAAAUCUAAUCAGUGAGCUACUGAUUACAGAUUAAUCACUGAUUAAUCUUGAUUUUUACAACAUCGACAUGGAUUUUGAACAGGAUGUUAAGUACUUUGCGUGCAUCAGGAGUUCUGCUGUUUGGUUCAUUUGUAGGAGUCUUUUAAGUUUCAACAUGGCAUAUGAAAUUCAUAGGUACUUUUUUAAGCAAAAUCCACAAGCAUGAAAUGUAACUCUAUUUUGCAGCAAUGGCCAUUUGUGAUUUGUGAUAUUUGUACUUAUUAUGGCUGUUGGUUAAUUACCUAAUAUGUUUAAAUUAGAAGUGUAAUAAAAAGUCAGCUUAUUCAAAUAUCUCUUUUUAAUGUAUUAGACAUUUCAGAUCUUGAUUCUUAGGGGGUUCGUAAUGGUUUUUUUUUUUUUUUUUUUUUUUUUUUUUUUUGUGGACUGAAGAACAUUGAUAAUUUGCUUUCUUAGCCUUGGUCAUUGAGUGUAAUAUCUAAUUUAUAAAAAAACAGACAAGUGUAAUUACUUUGUACAUUUGUAGGAUGCCAACUGAACUUAAGUUUCCUUAGCGAACUUGGUACCAUCUCGUUCUUUUUAAGAUCUCUGCAGGAUCAGUGACAUUGACGGUAUGUUGGUGUGUGAUGAAUGCUCAUGCCUCGUAAUUAAACAGCUCAAUUGCCUUCAUGCAGUAAACUUUUAUUACCAGGACUGGCUGGCAGUUUUUACUUAUCUGAGCAACAGAAGAUAGUUUUCAUUUUGAAUACUUUAUUCCUAUCAAGGUUCAACUUUCUUUUCGAUAGCCAUGCAGUUUUGUGCCUCUAGUGAAAAUCUAAAGAAUGGGUCCUCCUUUGAUGAUGGACCAUAUAGGUCUUACACAGUUAUACUCAACUCACAAGUUGUGAAAUUGUGAUAAUGUUAGCUAAAGGGUAGGCGUUUAACAUGUGGUACAAAUUUUAUGCUAGAGAAAGUUGAAUAGGUGGUGGGACCAUUUCUGUAUCUUAAGAUACACUUCAAUUGGAAAAAUGUGAACAUCUGAUGUAAUCCUGUUUUCACCAAUAUCUUUCGCCUAGAGCCACAACCUUGACAUCCAGUUUUGGCUGAACAAUUUCUUUCAAAAUCUUAAUAAUUCGUUCCAUCCAAGGUGUAUGUAUCUAAGUGGGCACACUAACAAAGCGGUUAUGGGCUCAAAUCCCAACUGGGACAAAGGUGAAGGUUGUGUGAAUUUGCUAUUAAGAAAUGGUUUUAUUCAUCGCAACAGCUGACCUGUUGCAAAGAAUGUGGUGACUUAAUGUGGUGAUUAGAUUCUGGAAUUCUGUAUGGUUAAAGAAUCAUCUUUAAAGGUUUUUUACUGCAAAAUAAUGAGGUCAGGAGUCAUGAUGACUUAAUGAUGAUAUUGGGGGAAAAUCUGAAAUACUACAAAUCUACAAUGUAGUAAAUGGCAUGCAAGAGUCCGAUUUUAUAAAGUAGAAGUCACACCUUUUUGAUUUGAUGCUAAUGAAGAACCUAAGCAAUUGCAUGAAAAAAAUAAUCUUCAAAGGCUGUAAACGUUGACUUGGCAUAGUGGGAUUUUGUUCACAAAAUUAUAAAAAUUUGAAAAAUAAGGGGAGUGACAUUUCCGUGUAACUGGUCACUUCGCUUUUGAAGGGUUACUUGUAAGUUCACAGAAGGUGUACACAAGUGCGUUCACCCAGCAUUUAUGCUUAAAUUGAUUGGUUACCCCAAUUGCUUUGCAAUCGUAGAAGUUCUAACCAUAGUGAGCAAUGCGAGUACGGUUUUAGUGUCAGUUUCAUGUAGUGAAGAAGAGCUGAUAGUUGUAGUCUCAGUCUUUCAGAUGUUGGGCUGCUGUUUUUUUGGAUCCUAAAUUGUCUAUAACAUGUAAUGUGCUUUGGCCUGCAAGGAAAUUUGUGUCGUGGAAAAGUUCUGGCUUAUGAAGACAAUCUAUAUUGAAUAUCACCUGUAGCAUGCCUUGUAAUAUUUUUUUAAUAUUAUUCUAGCCUUAAGCUUUUUUUUUUUUCUGAAAUUGUUUGGUGUAUGGUUUAGUGGUUCUACUUGGCUAAAAAAUUGGCUACUAAAAUGCUAGUGUCUUAUCUGAUAAGUUGUGUACAAGCUGGAAGAAUUACUAUAAGUUCUUAUCAUUGGAAGAUUAACAUGCUCGAAUUUCUGCGAAAGGUGCCGCCUAUAGUUUGGCAAUCCCUCGUGUAUAAGUCCUUGAGAGUGCUGGAUAUGCAGCAUUUGUAGAUAUAAAUCGACCAAUCCCUUUCCCAGUUCGGCAUUUUUUCUGGUAUGCUGUACGUUGAUGCUUUCAUUUGAGUUUGCACUGAUCAUAAUUAUUUCUUGCAUAUAAUUUCACAUAUUUGAUAAUCAUCUCAAAAGAACAUUUUUUACUCGAGUCCCAUGGCAUAAUAGUUAUAAUGUCUGACUAGUGGUAGUUAGAUCACUUGAUGCAAGUGUUUCAACUAUUAGUAAAAAAAUAGAAGUACUCAUAAGGUAUUCUUGUAGAUAUUUGACUGAUAGUAAAACACUUGUAUUGAACUACUAACAAAUCAAACAUUAUAACUAUUAUGGGAACUUUAACAGAGUGUUUUUAGAUACUCGGAGUAACUAAUUAUUAAACACUCAGAUAAAAUACCCUCACUCUUUCAAAAUCUUUGCAUAUUUUGGGCUCAUAGUUUUAGUCUCCUUUGAAUGUUAUUUUUUGUUUUAUUUUUUCAACAGGGAUCGGCUUCUUUACUGAUGUUCAUGAUUGUCCAUAGCGAAUAGGGGACGAUAGCGACAAGCUACUUAUACGCUACGCAGCAAUAGCGAUGAAAUAGCAGGCGCUCUUUUAUGUUUAGUGAUGCACCAGAAGAAAAUUUUAGAAAUAUUAUAUAUGUGUAUUUUACCAAAAUUCUCGCUAUUUCCCGCUAUUUUCGCUACCAACUAUAUAUCGACACAUGAGCGCUACGCUAUUUGCUAUAUCGGGCGCUAUGCUCGCUAUUAACUAUGCUGAUGUUAAAUAUAUCUUUCUAGUAAUUUUUCCUGAGAAAAAUCAUUAUGUUCACAGUUCAUACAGCUUUUCUUACGAAUGCUGUCAUGACAUGGCAAGCAACACAAACAAACAAAGGCACAUUUUGGUAACCUCAUAUGGAAAAAAUCAGGGUUCGAUCCACCCUUGGGGCCCACUGCCGCUGCCACUGCUGGAUGAUGGGUGGUUAUGUGAGUUUGUUGGAGUGCAUAGAGGUCACAAGGUUAAUAUAAGUUCCAUCAUAUUAGCAUUUUGGUAGACACUUCCUUUAUGUUCUGUGUUAUCUGUCAAAGUAUUAGGAUCAAGGAUUGUAGGCUAGUCCCAUGUACAUAAAUUGAGAAAGUUUCAUCUAUAUGAACAUAUUCAUUUAGGAAACAGUUGAUAUAGGUUUUAUUCAUUCCGCACACCUUUUAAGUUCAUUCACACCAAUGGUUAAUUUAUACAGUUACUGGGUCGUUCCUUCUUUUCUGCAAAUGUUGUUGUGGCUGCUUGAUGGAAAUGCUUCUAAGAUUUCUCUCGAAAGCGGAGUGAAAUCAAGUUCUUUCAAACAGGAUGGAGCAUAGACACAUGUCUAAUCAACUCAUGAUACCGGGCCAUUACCAACACGAGAACAAUCAUCCUCCUUUCGUAAGGGGUGUUGCCACUGAGAAUGGUCGUUUUGUUACUCCAACAGAUUAUCCAAUAAGUGGUGGAGCCCAUUCUAAUCCCGGUCAGCAUUUAGGUGGCAGACCAAACGGGUAUCAUUCAUCAAACACUAACUUACAAACACACAACCUCCUUCCACCUUUCUCAAGACCUCCCUUUGAUCCCUAUACACACACGUCAACCAAUGGAAACACGUCUUUGGUACCAAUGGGUCCCGUUGGUCAUAUUCAUCCGACUCACAGUAUAUCUGAAUCUAGAGGGCAAGGUAAAAGGAAGGCCCCUGGUGUAUUUGAAGGUAGCUCGAGCGGCUUCAAUGGUGCAGGGAGUUCAUCUGGCUCGCAGAUGUUUCCAUAUAGGGGAUUUAAUCUCUCAAUCGAUGGUCCAGAUUCGAUGAGGAAUGUUAGAAGAAGAUUGGAACCUUGCAUGACAAGUGCUCAUGUGCCCAACUAUGAUUCUCACUAUUACCAACCGACAACACACCCCGCAAACUACUCUGUUCCUGUUCAACCUAUUAAUCUAAGUGCUGAUGUUACGGGUCGAGAGUGGAAUACUGUUCCUUAUGCUGCUUCCUAUAAUAGGACUUCACAUCCAGAUGUUCAUGACCCACGACGUGAAACAAAUCAGUACUAUGCUGGAGGGAGUUCUGUUGAUGUCAAUGCCUCUCACUACAACCCAUCUCUCAGAGGAAAUAUUCCUUCUUCCUCACAGAAUCCUCAUGUUUCACAUGUUCAACCCACUAGAGAUGCACACAGUUACCAUCAUCAAAGGGUAACACCUUUUUACAGGAACGAUCCGAACUACAGUAAUUACAACAAUGGCGGUAGUUAUUCAACAAAUGAGCUGCGGUUUCCUUCAGAAAACAUCUCAUCCAGAUAUUCAAGCUAUACUGCUGCAGGAGAAUGGGGUAGCGGUGGUUACAUGGGCGGGAGGCCAAGGCUAGCUGUCGAGAGACUGCAGCCUCUUGGUGUGAUUGAUUCGCAUCAUGGAUUUGGACACGAGACCGUCACGGUUGAAGAGUCAUCUCUCUAUCAGGAACCCAGUAAUCUUCCAGAUGAGUAUCAAGAUAUGAGGCUAGACAUUGACGACAUGAGCUAUGAGGAAUUGCUUGCGCUUGAAGAAAGUAUAGGGUAUGUGAGCAGUGGCUUGUCCGAGGAUGGGAUUUCUAAAUGCGUAAGGGAAAAAAUAUAUUAUUCUAUGGAUCAAAGUUAUGAUACUUGUCCUAUAUGCCUUGAGGAGUACAAGAAUGGUGAAAAGAUUGGAAGAAUAGAAAAAUGUGGGCAUGAGUAUCAUGUGGAUUGCAUUAAGAAGUGGGUGAUGAUGAAGAAAGUUUGCCCCAUCUGCAAGUCUGAAUGCUAAAAUUGAUUCAAUAUGAAGUGUAUAUAAUUCAUGUGAAUCAUUUCACUUUUAAAUCUGUUUCAUACAAGCUUUUAUGGUAUAUUUGCACGUA